CUUCGGAGAAACCCUGGCUUGUGUUUUUUGGGAAGUGAUAUUUCCCCCUUCACUACUCGUAUUAGCUUUUGGUAGCUGCAGAAACGGCUUAGCUAGCAAGCGGUCCGACGGAAUGUAUAAUUGCUUGACUGUAGCUUUACUUUAAACUACAGUUAGCAUAUAUUUUUUUUGCAGACUGGAGUGGCUGCAUUUCGAUGGAGGCACUGUCAAAAGCACCCGCUGCCGAUGCUACGCAGGAGAAGUGCAACAUUUGGGGAUGUGUUUCUGUGCAGGAGCUCCGUCCACCACCACCCAGUGGAGUAGUAUCUGACAGCCUGUCCCUGUCAUCUUACAAAGACUAUCCUGCUCACCGGCCCUUCAUCAACACACCUCUGCACCACACAUCCGGAGCGCGCACACAUCUGUCAUCGUCACCCAGCAAGGCAUUCCCAGAGACCAGCAGCACAGCGAUCUUAUCUGCCUUGAGGAACCUCCAGGAGAAGAUCAGGAGGUUGGAGUUGGAGAAAGGACAUGCAGAACAUGGUCUUCAAACUGUGGGCAAAGAUACCUCACGCACACAUCUGCAGAGUGAGAAAGUCACACGGAGACUCUUCGGUAAUCAGACGGACACACAGAGAGAGCCGAGUGACCCAUCCAACUGUAACCACGUGUUGAUCACCCACCUUGCUGCUGCAGAGUCUCGCUGUGUGAAGCUGGAGCGACAGCUGGAUCACAUGAGGAGGAUGCUGCGGCAUGCCAAGGCAGACUGGACCAACCUGGUCAAGCAGCAGGUUUCCUCGGAUACAGCCAAGUUAGCUCACCGACAGCCUGACACGGUGCCCGAGCACGCUCAGCUGGAGAAGCUGGAGCGACUGGAGCAGGAGUAUCUCAGGCUCACGCGCACACAAAACAUUGCAGAGAUGAAGAUUCGUGACCUAGAGAUGAAACUGCAGGAGGAGGAGCACCAGAGAAAGCUCAUCCAGGAGAAGGCCCAUCAGCUACAGACGGGUUUGGAGGCCAAUAGGAUCCUUUUGCAGUCAGUGUCUCCUGGCCUGUCCUCCAGGCAGUCCAAAGAGAAGAAAUCUAAUUCACAGAAAGUUUCGCCGCAGCAGUCGUCAUACACGCAGCCACACUACAGACUGAGCCUCAGAGAUGUGCCGUUUGUUGCAGGAACGGUAUCCGUAGGCUGCAGCCACUCGGUCAGAGCAAACGUCCAGUCAGUUUUGUCUCUCCUGAAGCGACACCAGCCACACCUCUGCAACAGCCGUGUACUCUCUGACAAUGCAAAUGGCUGUGGGGCCAUAAGCCGCAGGCAUUCAGACAAUUCCUCUUCUUCCUCCUCUGCUAGUGGGGAGGGGCUGUCAGAGCUGCUGCAGGCACUACACGAAGAGCUGCGACUCAUGAGCGUGGAGCAUGAUGAGUUAAUGAGGCAGGUGGAGGACAGUGUGACUGACCAGGAAAGACGAGAACUUCAGAAGGAGCAGGAGAGGCUGCUGCUGAAAAUGGAGAGGAAAGGAGAGCAGAUCAGUAAGCUUUACAAACACAAAACACAGAUGAAGAAGUUAAGAAAGGAAGCUAAUUCUAGGCACAACAGUGGGAACGAAGUCAGAGUGACUACCACAGUGUCCACACGAGGUUGCUCUGCAGGAGCAGUCAAACUUAGACCAGGAGAGAGAAGCAAGAGGAAUCUGAUGCUGCUGAGGGACAUGAAAGCUCUGCAGACGUCCCUACGGACCUGAAACCCGCCAGGACACAAACACAGCCGACAAGUUGAAUCUUGCUGCUGUUUUCUACCCAGACGUGACUGUCAUCUCACCAUCAGCAAAGCCACUACUUGAACACGAUAGACAAGCCUUUUGACAUUUUGACGGAAUCUAAUUUUAACAUAUCAAGAACAUUGUAACACUUGUAUUUUAAAGCAAACCUAAGCUGUCUGAACCAGUCCAACCAAAGUUCAUUCUGUCAAUAUAAAGGUUUUGAAUAAUAUGUGAUUAAUUCUUUACAAAUACCAUUCAAGAAACUCGCUGUGUUGUUUUUGUUGUUGUUUUAUUAAUUAGCAGCACAGGGCAUGAAGGUUCACACUUUAGAUCUGACAAAUCAGUCAGAGCAUAAAAAGAUAUAUCUGAAUUUUCCAUUUUAGUUUUUCCAUGUAUAGCUUUUGGGCAUAGAAAUGUUUUUCUCAGUAUUACAGAACAAUGAAAAACAAAUGAAAACAUUCAUAAACAUUCGCAAUGUUGGAAGUGUAACGAACUUCAGUGAUAAAACAGAGUGGUACUUAUUUCUGCAGUUUGAUCGUGAUGAGCUGAACGCCCUUCAAAUGACUGAAUCCUAUAUGAGUGCAUAUGCACACGUAUGAUAUAAUCAUAUAUUGUUUGUGGGAGAAUUUUGGUUUUUUUUGACAAUCAUUUGCAGCCUGUUUUUGUGUGAAAAUGUAUUUCACUGAGAAAUAAAGUGUUAUGUUUGCAUAUCA